CCAAAAUACAAACGCUUCACAGAGGACUAGCCGGAAAUACUAAAUACCAAAAUACGUGUACACCCGUGUCCCAGAGAAGCCGCCAACAUAGCCGAGCUACUAGCCGCCUCGCCACCCGCCAGCACCACGCGCGUAUUUAUGACUAAGAUGAUUCCGCCGGUACCCACCUCAGCCGUCAUGAUGCCCACGCCCAAGCAGAAGAUCGGCUUCAGCAUCGAGUCGAUUGUCGGCAACGAUGCCGCCUCGAUUGCCGCCGGCAAUCAGCAGAUGCGUGCCACCUCCGACCACAGCGCCAGUCCGCCGCCAGGCGAGCGCAACGGACCCGGAUCGCCGCCCCAGACCCCACCGGCGACCAUCACCAUGCUGCCGCACCACCUCAUGGCACCGCCGUCGCACGGCAUGCCCCUGCCGCACCACAUGUCGCCACAUCAGCUCCAGCACCAGCACCAGCAUCCCCAUGCGCAUCAGCAGCAUCCUCAUCCCCAUCUGUCGCCGGCCCAGCAGCAUGUUCUGCACCAGCAUCUCCUCAUGCAGCAGCAGGGCACACCCAAGACCCACCAGGACAUCCAGGAGCUGCUGCAGCGCCUCCACCACAACGCGGCCGUGGCCAGCGGCAUGAGUCCGCUCCAGACACGCCUCUCCCCCGAGUCGGAUGCAGCACCCGCUCACGUUUCCCUCAAGCGCGAACGAUCUCCGGCUCCACCGUCCAUGGAGCAGGCCGAGAAUCCCUCCCAGCGUAUCCAGCCGCCACACACGCCUCCGAAAUCCGUGUCACCACAGUCAUCGCAGCCCUCCUCAUCGCCCAGCCUGCUGGUCAGCAGUCCGCACAACACACCCCCGCAGCAGCAGCAGCAGCCACCAAACUACCCCAAGCCCGGAAUGCAUCCGGCCGGAGCCAUGAUGAUGCAAGGAAUGCCGCCAGCCGGCUUGGUGCGACCCUUUCCCGUGGGCCCAGGCGGACCCCCUAUGGGACAGCCACAGGGACAGCCCGGCAUGCCGGACAUCAAGGCCCUGCCCCCGUACAUCAACGCGCCCCCAGAGAUGCAGCCCCAGCACAAUCCUCACCUGAUCGCCGCCGCCCAGUUCCAGAUGGCAGCCGCCAUUCAAGCGGGACAUGUCCUGGGUCCUGCCGCAGCUGCCGCUGCCGCCGCUGGACUCCCGCCCCACGCCGCACAGUUCAUGCCAAAUCCUGGCAUGGCACGGGACAGCUACCAGCUCUAUCCCUGGCUGCUGAGUCGUCACGGACGCAUCUUUCCACACCGUUUCCCUGGAAGUUUUUUGGUGCCGCCAUUCCGCAAGCCCAAGCGCAUCCGCACCGCCUUCUCGCCCUCACAGCUCCUGAAGCUGGAGCACGCCUUCGAGAGCAACCAGUAUGUGGUGGGGGCCGAGCGCAAGGCCCUCGCACAGUCGCUCAACCUGUCGGAGACGCAGGUGAAGGUCUGGUUCCAGAACCGUCGCACCAAGCACAAGCGGAUGCAGCAGGAGGACGAGAAGGGCGGCAGCGGAAGCUCCGAGCGUAAUCAUCACAAUGGUAGCGGGGACGAGGACGACGAUGAGCUCAUCGACAUGGAGAUGGACGAUUGUGCCAGUGAUGAGGAGCACGAUCUGGAUGCCAGCCACUAGAACCGCUAGACAGUUCCAUCCGUGAGUUCCUUACCCAGUCGAUGGGUUCACCAGUUCCCAGAAGCUCUCCCGCGAGUAAAAUAGUUUGUUUUUUGUGAUAUAUUCUUAAAUAA